GGAAGGGCAAGCGCAGCGCCGCCGUGGCUUCCGUCGACGACGCUAACGAGGCCAUGGCUUCGGCGGAGGCGCUCUGUGUGGAGCAUCAGGACCCACCGCUGGCUUCAGCGGAGGGAACCGAUGAGGCCAAGGCGGCCAACGGGGAGGCGACGGCGGUGGUGGAGCCGGACGAGCCGAGGCGGGACUCGUCGCCGGAGCGGGGCGACGGGGAUGCCGCGCGGCUGAAGCUCCUCAACGGCAUUCUCAUCCGCACGGCCUCCGAGGAGCGGGAGCGGGUGGCGGCGCUUGAGGCGCGGCUCGCUGAACUCUCCGCCGACGCCGCCGUGCUCGCGGACGGGGAGAGCGCGGUACUGCUCGCGGCCUUCUCUGCCCAGCUCAGGGCCGUGGAGGAGGAGCAGGCUGCGCUGCUGGACCGCAUUGCGGUGGCGCAGGAGUCCCUUGAGCGCGCCCAGGCGGAGGCGGCCAGCGAGGCCAGGGCCAGCGCAGACGCCACGGCGCGGCUCCAGGAGGCGAUCGUGGAGAACGGCUCGCUCUCAGAGCAGCUCCGUGCGAAGGCGGAUGAGGCGGACGCGGCGGCCGAGCGGGUGGCCGGACUGGAGGCUGCGGUUGCGGGAUUGGAGUCCCAGAUCUCGGACCUGCGCGCGAAGAGGAGUGAAUUCGAGAGCCAGUUGGAGGCCAUGCGGGCGUCAGCUCGUGCUGUCCAGUCCGAGAAGGAUGUGUUGGAAUCAAGCUUCAACGAGCUCAAGAAGGAAAACGAGGCGUACAAACAGGAGAUGGAGGCUACGCUUCAGGAUCAAUUGAAGGAGUCGGAGGCUCUGCAAUCCAGGAAGGUGGAAUUAGAGGCGAAGGUGGGUUCUUUGGAGGCAGAGCUCUCAGAGGCCGUCGCUAGGAACCAUGGAUUGGAGUUGGAAGGGCACAAAUUGGAUGUAGAGAUGGCCGCUACCAAGGCGGAGGUGGAGAAGCUCCACGCCUUGCUUGCGGAGAUGGACCAGAAGCAGAUUGUUGUGGCUGCUGAAGUGGCUAGGCUCCAAAGUGAGCUUGACCAAGUGGCGAUGGCGAAUGAAGCUGCUGCUGGGGCACAUGAGGCUGAGAAGAAGAUGAUGGAGGGUGAAUUGGAGAUGCUGAAGGUGAACGUGGACAUGGUUCAGGCUGAGAAAGAUAGUGCCUUAGUCUUGGUAGAUGCUAAAAAUGCUGAGGUUGGAAAGUUGAGGGAUGAACUGAAGAAGCUCAACAGUUCCAUGGCUGCGCUCCGUGCUCUCUAUGAUGAUCUUGAUGGAAAGUCUUCUUUCCUCCACGAUGAGAAAGUUUCGGUUCUCAAAGAACUUGAGCAGGAGAAAGCUGAAGCAGAAAAGCUGAAGUCCAAAAUCCAGGAGCUUGAAUCCUGUAACAGAGACAAUGUUCAUGAGAUUGGGGUGCUGAAGGCAGAAGUUGGUGGCAGGGACAAACAAAUCAAUGACUUGAACAGUGAGCUUGAGCAGGUGCAGCUUGCAGUAGCCGAUGCAGAGCGCAGUGGGAAGAAUGUGGUCUGGACAUGGCUGUGCCCAGCUACCACAACCGUGUUAGCAGCUGCGUCCUUUGUCUACGCCGCACGUAGUCGGUGAACAGCUAGCUCUUUCACUCGCUUUUUCGAGUAUGUACUGCUCGAAAUAACCUGGUCUCUUACUCAUGAGUCGUGCAUCAUUAUACUUGGUAUAUGCCUAUAUGGUGAACUGCUUCUUAUACUAUGAAAUAAAGCUAUGGUCCAACAAUUU